CCGACCAACCUGAACCUUGUUCAAUCUCGCGAGAUCAGCCUUCCAAAUCUCGCAAGACUCCCGCUUUCUAGUUCUCCGCCUUCCUGCUUGCCAAGGUUGAAAGGGACGCCGCGAAGGGGACUCAAAUCACGCGAGAGUUGGAAGGCGUGGUAGGAUUUGGGCCUUGCAAUCUUCGGCUGUGUGGUCCUUAGCAACCGAUUGCUGGCGGAAACGGAGGAAGAAGCACCGUCAGAGAAUGGCUGGAUUCCUUUUGUGUGAACCAACAACACUUUACAACAUCCUGAAUCAGGAGGCAAAGUUUUCUAGAUUAGCAGAGCCCAACUAUCUCUACUUACUAGAUGUCCGAACCAAGCGAGAAUAUGAUGAAAGCCACAUCAUCACAGCUCAGAGGAUGAAACAGAAUGAAGGUGAAUAUAUUAUUCCAGAGUCAAUGGAUCUGGAGUGUGUGAAAUACUGCAUUGUAUAUGAUGGAACCACUGACUCCUUGGAUGUGAAGUUUGAACUCACUCUCAGAGAGAUGACUGAAAGCGAAGAGGAUGAAGACAAUGUUGUGAUGGGCGCUGCCAUAGAGGGUGCCAAGGUCUUGGCAGAGCACACGCGCCACCCUGUCUACAUCCUGAAUGGGGGCUACGAGCGCUUCUCGGCUUGCUACCAUUUCUUCAGGACCCAGAAGAUUUUCUCAAUGCCUCAGGAAUUGGAUGCGUUUAAGCCAUAUCCUAUAGAAAUAGUGCCUGGGGAAGUCUAUCUGGGAACUUCUGAACAGGCUUGCAGUUCUCAAAUUCAUAAGCAUCUGAAAGUCAAAGCUCAUGUCAACGUCUGCUUUGAAACAACACCCUUCUUUCAGGGAGAUAAGAAUAAACUUCUUCGCAUAGAAGUGACGGACUCCCCCGAAGAGGAUCUUUUCUCUCACUUCCGCCAUGCCUCUCACUUCAUGGAUGCCCAUGUUAGCCGUGGCUCUGUCAUCCUUGUUUUCUCUACUCUGGGAAUAAGUCGAGGUUCUACGGUGAUUUUGGCUUAUCUCAUGCAUCGGAAUAGAGAAUCCUUAAGGAGAUCCUGGAUUCACGUGCAGAACUGUAAAAACAACAUUCGACCUAACAGAGGCUUUGUGAAGCAGCUGGUGGAAUGGGAGAAAGUGAUCCAUGGAGCUCCUGUCACCGACAUUUCGGAUCCUCUUUACUGACCCUUCCCCGAAGCUUCCCAGAAAAACAAAGCCUUCUAUUUCUUCACUUCAGCUGAGGUCGACUCUUUGACCAGCUUGGGCCAGGACGGAGGGAGGGGAUUCUUGUGGUUCACCUCCUCAUCCUUGGAUUCCAGAAUUUCCAAGUGGUUUUGGCUUCCAAGCACUGCUUAGGAUCAGAUGAUCGCUCAGAUCUCUUCCAAUUCCCAGUCUUAUGAUGUGAAUUUUCAUGUAUUUGCGUCCUUGGCCCAACUGGAGCACAUCUGGAAAUGGCUCUCCAGCCUGACUGAAAAGGUGUCCUGUCCCCCAUCCCCUCACCCCCGACCAAGUUAAAGUCAAAAUUUAUACUUUCAUAACAAUUAGGUGGGUACCUUUCAGGUCCUUGCACUGAAGGGGUACACCGGGCCCACACAGCUUAUCCCAUGCAUCAGUGAAGCUCCAAGGAUCAUGAAGCUUCCUGACCUAUGGGACCCAGCAUAGCCUAAAGCUGCCACAUCAGGGUCUGCCUCAGCCUCAAGGCUGUCCCAAGAGUUUCAGGAGUGAUUUGGAACUCUGAAGUUGGAGUGGGGGAGAUUGGGAUUGGAAAAACAUUCUUCCCAGGGUGCUCUCCACCAACCAAAAUCCAACCAUUUCUGAAUCUCCUAAGCUUUGAAGCCUCAAUGAUCACCCAGAUUCCAGUGAGAUUCCAAAUAGAGUUAUAGGUUCUGCUAUCCAAAGAAUGGAAAGGGAUCAAAUGUUAUCAGUCCUCAGGACAGCCACAACCACCUGGCCUGUGGAUCCUGACCAACGAGAACCACAUCUUCAGUGAGCCCAGAGAGAGAGGUCUCCAGAAGCAUCUCAUUAUUCCCAGUUUGUUAGCUUUUCCCUGCUGCCUGCCUUGGUUAUCUCUGCUGCUCACAGAAAGAUAACCACAUUUCGAGAGCUAUUAGGAUUCGACACAAUCUCCUGGAGUUUAAGUUCCUUUAGAGUGACAGCGGUCCUCAAACUUUUUAAAUGGGGGACCAGUUCACUGUCCCUCAGACUGUUGGAGGGCCGGACUAUAGUAAAAACAAAAACUUUGUUUUGUGGGCCUUUAAAUAAACUUCACAGCCCCGAGUGAAGGGGAUAAAUGUCCUCGGCUGCCGCAUCUGGCCCACAGGCCGUAGUUUGAGGACCCCUGCUUAGACCAUAGCAGAUCCCUCUGAUGGCCAGUGAGCUCAGCUGGCUAACACAGGGGAUCAGUUGUAUUCUGGAAAGACUAAUGGGUCUGAAUUCAAGCCAGGCCUCUGCUACUUGACAGGGGACUUCAGGCAAGCCACUUUCUCCCCUGAGCUUAAGGAUCCAUCUGUAAAUAAGAGAGCUAGGCCACACAUUUUUUGCAAUCUAAACCUUAUGAAAUAACCUCAGGGAAGAUCAGCAUAGAGAAUAAAACAUUUUACAAAUGAAACUGAAAAGGAAAAGGUAAACGUGGUGACUUAGGGAUCAUAGAUCAUUCCUGACUAAAUGAAUGUCUGGUAUUGUUUCUACCCCACAAAUCUGCCUCUCAGAAGAAACAGCGAUAAUCCAAAACACAGGGAAUUUAGGAUAUUUAAAACCUUAUCUGAAGGACAGCAGAGCAGUGGGAAGAGAGAUAGGCCCUGCCUUUGACUUACACUGGCUGGAUGACUCUGGACAAGUCACAGUGACCUCUCAGGGCAAGCAAUUCUCUGACUGUGUUGCAGAGCAGUCGCUGAAAUAUAUGUUUGUCCACUGGGAGUUCCCUAUGCUAAUGAAAUCAUAGAUCCAGUCAAAAAUAAACUUACUGAAGCAGCCACUAGCUGUUGUACAAUUAAGGCCUUUCUGUACUUCCCAGAUCUCGGGUAUCAGAGAUGGAUGUGCGAAGAUGGAGAAGGUGAGGGAUGGGGAGAGCGUGGGGAUCCCUCAUAAAGGACAGAAGUUCUGAAAGGAGCCCGACACGUUUGGGGACCAUAUUCCUUGAUGGCUUCUGGAUUGCAUCUGCAGCAAAUCAGGAAGAGAUGCAGAGAAGACGAACUGUUGGGGGCUUCUGCGUUUCCUCUUGGGGCAAGCCGGCAGAGACCCCAAGACGAGCUGUUACAUGCAUGUGGCAAAACGGCCCAAAGUCAGAGGAUGUGAGCUGCUUGUGGUCAGCAGGGUUUUACUCCCAUUAACCUUUAGGAAUUCUUUACCUUUUGGGGGGUCCCAGACCCCUUUAGUAUCUGUCUGGUGAAGUCUGUGGACCCCGUCUCAGAUGUUUUUAAAUGAGUAAAAUAAAAAUAGGAUUAUAAAGGAUGCCUACUAUGUUGAAAUAGUGAUCAAUUUUUUUUUUUUAAUUCAUGGACCUCCAGGUUAAAAACACCUGCUUUAGACAAUGUUUGGUGGCACUCCUCUAUCCCCAGAAAGGUUUCUGGAUGGGUCCAUCCCCCGAGAAAUAAUAGGAGGGGGAGAGAGUCAAGUCUACAAGCUUUAGCACUAUGAAUGGGCAGUGUGCUAAACUCUAGGGCUACAAAUAUAAGCAAAAAGAUAAUUUCUGCUCUCCAAGAAUGAGGGCUGGAAGGUGGGGCAUGGUGGGGCAGUCUGGAGAAUGGGAAACAAAAGAACUCAUCAGUGUAAGAAAAGAGCCUUGAGGUUCCAGAGUGAAAAAGCCCUGCUGAUGAGGGUGACCAAGCAGAGAUUCAGACAUCUACUCCAGUGCUUCAGUCCUAAGUAUGCCAGUGACACUGUGAACUUGAUCCAGUAUUUUGGAGAACAGUCUGGAAAUAAGCCCAAAGAGUUAUAAAACUGCUUAUACCCUUUGACCCACCGAUACCACUGUAAGGUCUGUUUCCCGAGAGGAUUAUGGAAAAAGGAAAAGGAACUUUGUUCUAUGUUCUAAAGUAUUUAUAGCAGCUCUCUUUGUAGUGGCAAAGAAUUGGAAAUGGAACGCCCAGCGUUUGGGGAACGGCUAAGAUUGGGUAUAUGAUUGUGAUGAGAUACUAUUUCACUGUAAGAAAUGAGCUGGAUGAUUUUAGAAAAACGUAGAAAGGUGCAUAAAAUAAUGAAAAGUGGAAUGAACAAUAUCAAGAGAAUAUUGUAUACAAUAACAGCAAUAUUAUUUGCAGAAGAAUUGUAAAUAACUGUUAGUCUGAGUAAACACUCAAAUCAACCACAAAUGACCUAUGAAGGAAAAUACUAUCCACCUCUAAAAGAACUAAUAGAAAUAGUAUGGGUUUAUACACACACAUAUGUG